GGCAUGCACAGUUAAAGAAUAAGGGAUUAAAUGAUUUGGAAAUUUAUAAAGAAAAAUUUAAGAGUAAAUAUCCUAAAAGGAAAGGUUUUAAAAGACUAGAUUGUUAUUGUGAAAAAAAAAUAUUUGAUAUGAUUGAUAUAAUAGGUGAACAGGAAGUAGGAACUAGCAGUUAUAACAAAAAAUUAAAAAAAGUAAUAGUUAGAAAAUGGGGUAUACGAACUAUUGUAAUGUGUUUAAUUCCAUUGAUUGGAAUAAUAAUACCAAUUUUAAAUUUAAUCAAAAAAACAAG